AUGAUGGACGAAACGAAACAAAAUGUGACAGCACUGAUCACCAAACUGCCAACAGCACUGAAUAAGAUAUUAGAAAUAUUGAACAAUGAAAACCAGACUGUUGUGCAGAAGAACCAGGCUUUGGCCGAUAUGAACGCUCAGGAGCCGGAGGCUUACAGUGUCAUUCUUAAUGUUUUCGACAUGUUCAUGCCUUGUGGCUGCGAUGAUGGAGGGGCCGGUGGACCUGGAGGACCCGGAAGACCUAGAGGGCCCGGUGGACGUGGAGGGCCUGGAGGCUCUCGUGGUCCACCAGGAGAUGGAUGGAAUCCACGAUUCCAGCCUAGUGGUUAUGGAGGCUCUCAAGGGAUGAACGGAUUUGGUCGAUCGCGAGGCCGCGGAUACUACGACUCCGACGAGUGGUAUGACAAGCGUGGUCAGGGAGGAUACAGAGGAGGACCGUACCCCAGUUCCGAAGAGUUUUUCUUCAGUUUCAAGUGA